UGUACGUGAUGAGAGAUUUUAAGACAGCCGUGUUAUUAUUUGAGAGAGAGAAAGAGAGAGAGAGAGAGAGAUGCGAUAACAGCGUUUGCCCUGUUCACAUUUGACUCAGUUCUUCUCAAGAGAGACAUGCAGAUACAACGACACGCCAGAAACUUCAGACAGUUCCUUCAAGACCGAACUCUGAAGGUUGUUCAACCCUCCGUGGAGCACUGAAUGAGACGUUCUGCAAGAGGGGAAAAAACAGCAGAGAGGAGCCGUGAAUAGAUAGCGAUUUUUUUGUGGGAAGGGCACCUGCCCUCCAGCUUAGUGUGAAGGGCACGUAAUGGAAGAGUGAAAGGGGGAUACAAGGAAAGAGAAAUAGAGUAGAGAAUGAAGACAACCGGAAAACAAGUACUUCCUCACAGCAAGUGUCACUCAAAUUAGCUCAUCUCACCACAAGCCAAGAUGAUUACCAGGAAUCUGCUCCUAUUGGUCUCCCUAUGUCUGUGGGAGGGGCUUAUGAGAGAAGGUUCAGCCACUAAUAUCGUCAGGAGAAGAGGGGUGGGCGGGGCUCACUUGCUGAAGUUAGGGGAGCACAGAGUAGAGAACCAAUGGGAUUCAAGUGUGGAUUCAAACGCGAUGCCAAUGGUGACUCUUAGAAACUUGAUUGGUCAUGACCAGUGGGUUGAUAGUGGCUCCAAAAUACCCCAGAACCAUGCAGCCAUAACAGCUAAUAAGGAGAGGGAGACUUUUAAACCUAAUCCCGUGUUAGACUUGGAAGAAGACCCUGUCAAAAAAGGGGAGUCAACUCUGUCUGUGUCACUCAAUGACAGGGAAGCCAUCCAGGAGAAAAGGCUUAGAAAGAGUAGGAACAGCACCAAAAACGCUGAAUAUCCCACCAAGACAGAGAGGAUGGAGAAAGUAUUCUUAGUCCACCACAGGCUAGACAUGUACUCCAAUAAAACGAGAUUCAAAUCCCUUCUCCAAUCCAUAGUCAGAUCAGAUCUGAGCGUUCACACCACGGGGCUGCCAGGCAGAGGACUCACUAAAGAUUCAACAAGAAACUUAAACCCAACCGGCAGCUACGGUGUCCUGAAACUACUGUCAAAAGAGAACCUGGUGAGGAUUGUGAACUCACAGAUUCAGAGCAAGAGCAGCCGAAGCAGAAAGAGAGAUUUGAUUGAUGUGGAUCGCAGCCAGUUGGAGGCCCUGAAAUUACCGAAGCAAGAUAUGGCUGUCACUCAAAACCAUUUCACAUUGGAUAACCAAACUGCUCUGCCACAUGUAAGCGCUGUGACAGAUGCUGAGCUCAGUCCAGAAGAGGCUGUUCACACUUUAAGUGUAGCCACUCCAGAUUCUGGUGUGGGAAAGGACAACUCUGAGAUGAGGGGUUCAGAUAGCACAGACACCUGGAUGAACAAGCACAUCUCUCACCCUCUGUCACUGCCUAUGAAUGAGGUCAGUCUCAACACUGAGAGGGAGGUGACCAACAGUCAGACUGACCCUCCAGCCACGACCAAGCAUCUCCCCUCAAACGUCCCUUCUCAGACAGAUGCUGGCCAUCCCUCAGUGUUCACCCUGCAGCCCCAGGGAAAGGGGACUCAAGGUUUCGAGGAGAGUCUUCUUCACACAGCCGGACCACGACUCAAGAUCCUGACUCCAAGUGCCCCUCAAGACCCUGUAGUUGGCGCUACAGAGUUAAUCAACAGCAGCCAUGUCCUCAAACUCCGCCCAGACCCAUACUGGGGGGUUGGCCAGGACAAGGCAGCCAGUGGGGUGAUGACAGUCGAGUCCGAGCCCGGUAAUGGCUGGGGCCUGGUGUUCCAAGAGGCGGAGUCAGAUGAGGAGGAGGAAGAGGGGCCUGGUCAGACGGAGGGGGAGGGGACUCGGUCCCGCAGCAGAAGGAGUUGGAUCUGGAACCAGUUCUUUGUAAUUGAGGAGUACAGUGGGCCGGAACCUGUGCUCAUCGGAAGGGGGUCUUCAACUCCAACUCUGAACCCUACAACUGGCAAACCUGAUCCAAGUAACCUUGGUCAAGAUGGAAGACCAUGA